GCACAACCCAUCAAUCCCAUUAAAUGCCGUGUGCGGGCAGGCGGCGCUGCCUGGGCUGCUCCCUGCGCUGCCCUAGCCCCCGUGCAUGGGCUGCCGCCGCUUCCCCCCUCUGAUACAUGGCUGGCUGGCUGGACUUGUUACAGUGUCACCUCCUGCCCGCCAGCUGCAGCACCAACUUCCCCCCCAGCUAGUCUCCUCCUGCCCGGGGCUGUUGCAAAGUGAUGGGAUAGAGAGAAGCCGCUCCAAGCACCUGGGCUCCUAUUUAUUAGUCUGUCUCCCUGUCCUAUUCCUGGGUGGUUCUUCUUCCUCUCUUCCCUUUCCCCUUCUUUAUUUUAUUCCUCCUCCCUCCCUCUCCCCUUGCCUUGGAGCCUGGAUCUCUUGAGUUCUUCUGGAAAGGAUAUAUGUUGGGGAAAGGAGGAAAGCGGAAGUUUGACGAGCAUGAAGAUGGGCUGGAAGGCAAAGUGGUGUCUCCUACUGACGGUCCAUCUAAGGUGUCUUACACCUUACAGCGCCAGACUAUCUUCAACAUUUCCCUUAUGAAACUUUAUAACCACAGGCCAUUAACAGAGCCAAGCUUACAAAAGACAGUCUUAAUUAACAACAUGCUGAGGCGAAUCCAGGAGGAACUCAAACAGGAAGGCAGCUUGAGGCCUGUGUUCAUCACCACUUCACAGCCUACUGACCCCCUUGGUGACAGCUUUCGAGAGGCCCAGCCUGCAUUCAGUCAUCUUGCCUCUCAGCCGGUUCACCCCACUGACUUAGUAAGCACUACACCAUUAGAGUCUUGCCUCACCCCAGCCUCGUUGCUUGAGGAGGACUCUUUUUGCACUUCCCAGACUGGCCAGCAUGAUGGUCCUACAAAACUACCACCUCCAGCUGUCCAACCAGUAAAAGACAGCUUUUCCUCAGCCUUGGAUGAAAUUGAAGAGCUCUGUCCAAGACCUACCUCUACCGAGGCAGUAGUAGCAGCAACAGAAGCAGCAGCAGCAACGGAUGACUCUAAAGAUAACUCCAGUGAGUCUAAUGUUCAAAAGUCUGAGGGAGUUCAAGAGAGCAGAACAAGCGAAUCAAAACUCAUGGACUCUUUACCCGGCAAUUUUGAGAUAACAGCUUCCACAGGUUUCCUUACAGACUUGACCUUGGAUGAUAUUCUGUUUGCUGACAUUGACACAUCUAUGUAUGAUUUUGACCCUUGCACAUCUGCUACGGGGGCUGCCUCAAAAAUGGCUCCUGUCUCAGCAGAUGAUCUCCUAAAAACUCUUGCCCCCUAUAGCAGUCAACCAGUAACCCCGAAUCAGCCUUUCAAAAUGGACCUCACAGAACUGGAUCAUAUAAUGGAGGUGCUUGUUGGGUCUUAAAGUAUAAUGACUUUUUAUGUACCAGUAUAUACACUUGGUAGUAUUUUCACAACCUUUCUCUCCCUCCCCACCCCUCCAAAUUCACAGCACUGUGCAUGCAUCCUUGCUUGCCUUUUUUAAAAGAAAAGGAUCACACUAGUUUUUGCUUCAAGCAGAGUUGGAGUGCCUUCAUCCAUGUAUGACCACUUUUAAUGUAUUUUUUUUAAAGUGGUUCCUCAAGGAAGACGUAAUACCCUGGUAUAGGAAAGAAUACAUAUUGUAGACAAUAUUACUAUGAUAUUACGACAAAAAAAUUGAAUUGUAAAAGCUAAGCACAAGGAUUAUGUUGGGGAAAACUGUAAAUUGCAUGUGCAUAUUUGUCUAUUUUUUCUAUAAGUUUUAUUGCAAGAGGUAAAAAUUUUAUUAUUUAGAUAAUCUCAGUACUUUUUUGGCAUUUUAGCCCUGUAUAGGUUGACUUAGCAAUUCAGCCCUUUGGAGGCAUUAACUAGUCUUCUUUAAGUGUUGCAUUUACAUGGCUGUUUAGAAACUGCUGCCCAAAUUUAUUUUAUAUUUUUGUACAGAUUCUGCAGUUUAUUAUAUUGUUUUUCUAAAAACAAAUGCUGUUUAUACACACAAAAAUAGCUAUUUUGAUAGGAUUUGCUCACAUAGUUCCUGCAUAAUUGAUGUACAAGAACCACUUGUACUUUUAUACAGAGUUGUAAUGUUUUAUAUAUGUAUGGUGCAAAGAGAAAAAUGGAUCAAAAUAAAUCUGCAGUUCGGUCUCCCUGAAUGCAAAUAGUGCUUUAAGAAAGGGCUGGGGGCAGUUUCACAAGAGUUUCACAAAUAUUUACUCGCUGCUGUAGCCACCUGUGCACUACUGUGAUUUCUAAAACCUAGAGCCAUGUCUACUCCUAGACCUAUGUUAAAACAGUUGGCAAGAGAUAGUUGUGAAACUUCAUUCUAAGUGUUCUCUUGUGAGAUCUAGGCUACUGAAACCUGAUCCUGAAGCCAGUAUGUCAAGUAAAUGUAUGUUCUUUUUACUUUAAGCAAAAUGUUGGUUCUUUUUUUAAUUUGGAACAGCCAAUUGUCUUUGUUACUUGAAAUGUGUUACCGUUUUAGCAAGUCAGCAUUUCUUUAGCUGAAGUUAUUACAAAUGUUUUUAAUGGGAAUAUACAUGCCAUUUACAAAUACAUCUCUUUGUAAUUUUUCAUAAAGAAGGCGUACAUGGUAUUUGUUCUAAUUAAUUUGUGUUCAAGAUUCCACUUGCCCUUUCUUGGAGCAUACUUUCCCCCUCACUGUGUUAAUAAGUGCUGAAAAAUGCAACUUCAGUAUUACUGCAGUGAAGCUCAUCUCUUAUCUGCACUGGAUGGACUUACCUAGUAUCCAUUGCUGUUGAAACUGGAGCCAGUCACAUUACAUCAGUUGGCAUCUCCUAUAGGGUUCGUUUCUUGUAUGAACCAUGUUACCUGCUUUACACUUUAUAGACCUGUUCUACAAUGAAUAUACAGACACAGCUUCUAUGCAUGUUUCCUUGCCUCCAUAACACCUGAGAAGUUUUCUCAUUACUGCACCAAUAGCAUUUUUUAUUCAUUGUGGUGUACAUUUAAUUUAAAAAAAAGUUUGCAAUGUAUCAUGCCUGUUGCUGAAAUUGCUAUGGCAUUUUAGUUUUUCAGUGGUACUUUAGCUGAUGAGUGCAGGUUACAACCUAUAUUGUUGACAUGCCUAUGGCUUCCUUAGGAAUAACUUUUAUAUUUAUUUAAGAAAUUUUAAAUUAUGUUGUAUGUCAUUUGGCAAUAUUCAGCCAGUUCUGCUCACUUCUUGUCAUGGAUAAAAUUGGGUCUUAUCUGCCUUUAAGAAGGCAGCUUUAUAAAUUGGCACUUUAAACAGGCCUUGUAUAUUUUCUAAUAAAUAUAUGUAAUGCAUACACACAUACAUUUUGCAAUGAAGGAAUUGCUACUCUAAAUGCAGUGCAUCAUAUACAGUUAUGAAAUGCUUCUCGAUUCUAAUUAAUCAGCCAGUUUUAGUAUACUUAAGAGACGUACGUACUAACUCCGACACAACAAGAUGUUGAUAUAAUAGCAAUUGUUUGAUUGCAAUAUAGUCUUUUAUAACUUCAGACAGGAUGGCAUCAACCGACUGUGGAAUUAGGGACCAUUUCUAAUUGGGGGCAGGAGCUGGGGAAACGGUGCUCUAGUCUGCAUCCAGUAAUGUUUGGUUAUUGUUCAUUCAGCAGCUUCCAUUCCUUGUAAGAGAAUAAUCCUGCCACAGACUCUGCAACUUUUGUAACCGGAGCAUCCAAGAAACAAUGUCUACAAGGUGUUAUCAAACUGUAUACAAAUCCUAAAGCCAUGCAAUAAUGUUGAUUGUUCAGAACAAUAACAUGGUAAGCAGUUGAUUAUCGUUGUUCUAAGUUAUUGUAAAUCAGUUCUUAACAACUGCUCUUUCUUUGGAUUAGUUAAUUGUGUUUUUAGACAAGUACCAUAUGUUAGGCAGCAGUUCAAAUAAACGCCAUUUUCAGAGCAGUGAACUGCUGUUGGAAAGUGGUUGUUUGAAAUCUUUGUUUUUUGUAGAACAGAAAAAAAAGGUAUAUUUCAAGAUUCUAUCAUUCAAAAAAAGUGUGUAUCCUCGGUAAUAACAUAGGUAAAUUUUUAAUAAUAGUGUACUUAAAGGAAAUUGGCAGUCGAUCUACAAAAAGCAAAACACCUGAUUUAUAAAAUUUAGGCAAAGGGUCAGCAAUUCUUAUUCUGAACUGUAAUCUUUAAUUCUAUAGAUUGAAAUGCUUGGUGGAAUCUUCUGCUUUUGCGUUCACUUUCUAUAGCAUGGCCUACUUGCAAAGGUCAUAGUAUAGCAGUCAAGAUAAGAAUUAUUUAUAAAAGAUGAAUACCAGUUGAUGUAUAUUGACAAUGAUGUGCAAUGAAGUGACAAGAUGGGAGCAGAAUAAAAGAGCUUUGGAUUUGAAGUGAUUUUUUUCGUAAGUUAUUUAUUCCUUUUUUUCAUUGUAAAUAUAUUUAUUUUAUUGUGAAGCUAACAACAUCUGGAUUGUAACAUGUACAGAAUGUAUGGUAGGAAUGUAUUCUCUUGUAGGAAUGUAAAUCUGUGAAAAGGGGGUAGGAGCCUGAUUCAGAGAAAAUUAAUUGGGUUUUAUUUGGGAUUUGCACGGUUCCCAGUCUCUUUUCCAACUUGAGUCUGGCUGUUUGAAAUAUGCAAAAAAUAUGGACGACGGAGACAUUAAUUCACAAAAUUAGUUAUACAAAUCCAGUCUGUGAUGCGUUAGUUCCUUUAAAGGGGCCUGCUUGUGCUUGAAAUUCAAAUAGAGUCUUCGGUAGGAGCCACCUCUGUUCUUUCGGGAUUGAUCGUGUAAAUGCAUGAGUAAGGGCAACGCAUGUCUUCACCAGUCUGCUAUGUGAUAAUGCGUUGUAGUAUAUACUUGCCCUAAAUCUUAACUCAUGCAGGCAGUCCCCAUAAUGUCCAUGGGACUAUUGGAAUGAGUAAGAGUUCAGAGUGGUGCCUUUACCCUAGAAAGUGCAACAUAACUAAUGCUGCAUUUGUGCAAAAUGGUAAGACUCAGACAAAAAAUUCUAAAUGUACUUUCCAAGUGCAACAUGGAGUUUUUUUGUGUUGUGGGGUUUUUUUUUCCCAUGGGUUGUGAUUUUAAUAUUCCCUCCUGGGCCUGAUUGGGUAAUCCUUGGUCAUAUAUAAUUCAUGUUGGGUUUAGUGGGAAUUUUGCCUGCAAUAGAAAAUUGCACCCCAAUAACAGUCCUUGCUAGUGGACUGUAUAUAUCUGUUUGCAAAACAAGAAGAGAUUCAUUUUAAAAGAAAUUUUGCUGAACAGUAAAGUAUUAAAAAAUAAAGGCAUUCAUCUCCUCAUGUUCCUCGCAGUAAACUAGAAAAUAAUAUGGUCCAUCCACCUCCUGAAAGGCCCAAUGUGAGAAUGAACUCCCCUUCAUGCUGCAGCCGUUGUUUUCUCCUGGCUGAAUGUUGUUAGCCUAGCCUGCAUUGUUUAAAACUCAAUGUUGUUGAAUCCAAAGUUUACACUUUCUUCAAAAAUAAAACGAGCAAAUUGUAAUGAGUCCUGCCUGAGAAAUGGUUUAAUUAACUCCAAAGAGGUGUGAACAUGGAUUUAAUUUUGAACAGAUUUCAGCAUCCUGCUCUUGUGAAAGUUGCUUUCAGUGCUUACAUUAAAGAGUCUGAAUGUUUCUUAGAAAUUAGUUCAUUUUAAGCUCCCUCCUCCUUUUCAGGAUAUAGGCCUAAUGCAAAUUCUAGAAUCCUUAAAAAAAAA